AUGUCACUCGCCUUGAGAGCAGCUGCUCCACUGCGCAGUUUGACACCUUGUCGAAGGCUUCACACAACGCACUCCCUCUUCAACAGCAGCAAAGCAAGCAGCGACCCAUUCUCCAUCCCGCCCGCACCGCCAACAGGACAAACCGUCGACCUUGCAUUCGAGCACCAUGCUCCUCCCCCUUCUUCCUCCUCCACCGCAAGCACAUCAUGCAAAUCCUUGGUAAUAGCACACGGUCUCUUUGGCUCGAAACAGAAUUGGCGCUCCCUCUCCCGCUCCCUCGCCUCCAAGCUUAAUCUCCCAGUCUACGCAGUCGACCUCCGUAAUCACGGCACGAGCCCGCAUAUAGACUCCGGUAUGAGCUACAAGGAUAUGGCUGCCGAUCUGCUGCGUUUCAUUCGAUCUCAGAACCUCUCAAAGGUGGCACUCGUCGGCCAUUCCAUGGGUGGGAAAGCUGUCAUGGCUACUGCUCUCGAUGAGUCGCUCAAGGAGGGGGAGCUGGAGAGCAUGGUCAGCGUGGAUAUGAGCCCUGCGAGGGGGGCACUGAGUGAGCAGUUUGAGAAGUACAUGGAGGCGAUGAUUGAUAUCAACAAGAAGGGCUGCAACGAUCGAAAGCACGCCGAUGAGAUGUUGAAAGAGACGGAGAGCGACCCCUCGAUCCGCUCCUUCCUCCUUACCAACCUGCAUCGCCCCUCCAACUCGCCCGACAAGCCAUGGUCUUUCCGAGUGCCGGUCGAAACGAUCAAGGAGCACCUGCCGCAGAUUGGCGACUUCCCUUACGAUGUCGACGGAGGAAGGAAGUGGGAGGGAAGGACCCUCUUUGUCAAGGGGUCAAAGAGCAAGUACCUCAAUCGUAAGAACAUACCCAUUGCCAACACCUACUUCCCAAACGCGCAACACGUCACUCUCGAUGCGGGGCAUUGGGUUCAAGCAGAGAGGCCGAGGGAAUUUACAGAUGUGCUGAUCAGAUUCUUGCAGGGAGAACAGGUGGGCGGGGGCGAGAUGGCAUCACUGUAA